GCGUGCCUCUGGGGCGGACAGGCAGUUGUAGCCGUUGUGUGUACCAUGGCUGACAUUAGCGCCUUGUUCACGUCCACAGAGGAGCAGAUCUCGCCCGUGGAUGCUGCUGUCACAGGACGUUUCCCGGAAUGGCUACAGGGAAGUUUCCUGCGCUUAGGACCCGGGAAAUUCGACAUCGGAGACUUCGUAAUGAACCAUUGGUUCGAUGGCUAUGCAGUACUCUACAAGUUCGACAUACAGAAAGGCAAAGUGACGUUUACCAAGCGUUUCUUGCAGUCCGACGCUUACAAGAAGGCUGUGGCGGUGGGUCGACCCGUCUUCACGGAGUUCGGUACCAAGUCGUACCCGGACCCGUGCAAGAACCUCUUCUCCCGUAUGAUGUCCUCACUGAUCCCAGACCUAACAGACAAUGACGCCAUCAAUGUGUUUACACUCGAAGACGCCGUGUACGUCGCUACUGAAAGCAACUACCUGCGACGCAUUGAAGUCGAGUCGCUGGCAACGCGGGAGAAGGUUGACAUGACCAAGUUGGUGGGGGUGAACCUUGCAAGCUCUCACACGUACCAGGACUCUCAAGGCAGUUACUACAGCAUGGGUACCUCCCUCAUGUCAGGACCCAAAUACCACAUCAUCAGGACCCCAGCAGCAGCAUCAGGAAAGGCACAGGAUGCACUAAGCAAGGCAGCUGUCUUGGUGACAAUUCCAUCCAGCUGGAAGACAAGCAUGAGUUAUUAUCAUAGUUUUGGCAUGUCAGAGAACUACAUUGUGUUUAUUGAGCAGCCACUGAUCAUCAACAGCAUGAAACUUGUGACAGCCCAGGUGAAGGGGAGAUGUAUGCGGGACUGCAUGACAUGGAGCCCCGAGGAGCAGAACAAAUUCUACGUGGUAGAUAAGUGGUCAGGACAAGUUCUUCCAAUCAAAUACAAAUCGAAGAAAGCCUUCUUCCUUUUCCACCAUAUCAACACAUAUGAAGAAGCUGGACAGUUGGUGGUUGAUGUUGUGGCAUUUGAUAGCCCAGACAUUAUUGACAAGCUGUUUCUGAAGAAACUGCGUAACAAUGAGAUGGAUGCCAAAGAUCCGGGGUGUGGACGCAGGUUUGUGCUGCCUUUACCAAGAGAGAAACCAGACUUCCCAAGUGGUGUGAAUCUUGUGACACUCAAAACGAAGGCAACAGCUAAAAAAGUUGGAGAUAUAAUUGAGCUAAUGCCACAGAGUCUGUCUGAGCCUGGCUAUGAACUGCCCACUAUUAGCAGAAAUAUCUUCGGCAAGAAAUACCGCUACUAUUAUUGCGCAGGAAUGUAUGACCCAGGACCCUUCAGAAACUCACUAAUAAAGGUUGAUGUUGAGACGGGAGAUGUCAAGACAUGGAGGGAGAAUGAGCAUACAUACCCUGGUGAAGUGCAGUUUGUUCCGUGUCCUGGAUCAGCUUCUGAGGAUGAUGGCAUCUUGCUGGCAACUGUCACUGAUGUCAGGAAGGGUGAACCUGAUUUCUUGUUGGUGCUUGAUGCAAAGAGUUUCACUGAGGUAGCACGAGCGGAAGUGACAGUUCAUAUUCCAAAUGUGAUUCAUGGUCUGUUUCUUCCCAGCUCAUAGUAGCAACAGCAUAGUGGGUGUAAUUUGUACACUGGUGGAGUCUUGUACAUUCGCAGAUAAAAUAAAAUCCUAAUGUCUUAGCCCUGACUGCUAAAUUCCUGCCCACCUUCCAUUAUGGCAGUGGUUCUGAAAUGACUGUUGUGUGUGAACCGUUCAGAAGUAUGAAAUGUUUAAGGGGG